UGGCAGCGUAGGUUGAGCGUGUAAGGUGCACUCGUCGAUCGCUUCUGAAAAUAAUGAAUUAUUUCGAAUAUUUCAUGGAAUUCCUGAAUGAAAUGAACUGGUGAAGAAGCCGUGCGGUCCGUUUGAGAUACAUUUUCGUUUCGUCCGGUGUAUUGUACUCGGUUAAGUGUCAAUGCACUUUUGUGUGAAAGUAUAGGUUUUAUAGCCCAUAUAAAAUGAAGCCGCCCUUAACGGAGUUCUAACAUGAUCGUCUUCGCGAACAAUGUCCAAAAGACACUCUCUGAUGCCUGAGAGUACAGCGAUCGUUUUCUGCUCGAUUUUAUUAUUUUCCUCGAUCAUCCCCGCCGCCGAUAAUUACCUUUUGCUCUUAGAAGACACCACCGCGCCCGGCCAUGUUCUAUUCAACGCCAGCGUGUACCGCUUGGGCUCGGACAGGGCGUACAAAUUAAACGAGAGGCGAUCGGCGCCCUUCGUUUAUUCCUUGGUGCAAGUCCACCCUAAGACAGGGCAGGUGUUCCUGUUGCAGAAGCUAGAAUGCGACGGCAUUUACUACCCCAAUUUCUUCACCAUACACAUCGAUUCCACCUCGAAUCGAUUGAAAGACAUCGAUUACUACAGCUUGCCGCUGAGGAUUUUUAUCGUCGGCAAACAUUGCUCCCAUCACAGCGAGGAGGAAUAUUUCGACGAUGAGCUCGAUCGCGAACGAAGGAGUUUAGACGUUGUCAAAUCUCGAGCAAAACGCGGCGCGCUCUCCACCUUCUCGCGAUUGCAUCCGUCCGUUAAAGAGAAAAUCAACGAGGCGCGCCAAUGGGUGUCGGAAACCUACGCUUCUUUUGCCAUACCGACCGCCGGAAAGUGGCGCAAGAUCUGCCUGCGCCAGAGCCAGUUCGUUAAUUCCAUCACCGCUUUCCUGCCCAGCACCAUCAGCACCUACUGCACCGUGCAAUUCCACUACGUCAACGACGACAGGUUCGAGAUCGAGCGCAGCCAAGGCGACUUGGUGGCCAGCAGGAACGUUUGCAUCGUGGAGCCCAUGUGGAAGGUUACUAUACUGUUCUCGGCGAUAUGCCAGAACGUGUCGGUGUUGAACACUGAGCAUCGAUUGAAAAUCGUCUACCACCAUCAACAGUUCAACGAUACUGACAUAGCUAAGAGAGUGAGGAGGGAAUUGCGCAAUCAAUCGCCGUUUUUCGAGCAGCAUUUGUACGUGGCUAGCGUGUUAGAAGAAUGCGACCCGCCGGUGGUAGUUACCACUGUGAAAGCGAGAGAUCCGGAAAACAGUCCGAUAACGUACUCCAUGACCAGUUUAUUAGACUCCAGAACCCAAGCGAUGUUCGAUAUAGACCAAAAAACCGGAGUGGUGACCACCAAAGUGCAAUUGGACAGGGAACUGGUGGACGUGCAUUACUUCAGAGUGACGGCGAUGGACGACAGUUUUCCGCCGAGAUCCGGCACCACCAUGUUGCAAAUCAACGUCCUCGACGCCAACGAUCACUCUCCUUCAUUCGAAAUGAUGGAAUACGACGCCAGUAUACGCGAGAGCGUCAACGUCGGCACCACCGUGAUAACCCUCAAGGCCACCGACCAGGACAUCGGCAAGAACGCCGAGGUGGAGUACACGAUCAGGACGAUCAGCGGCGGCGGUAAUUCCGCCGAAGGCGACGACAAUAACGCCUUCAAAAUCGAUUCCAAGACCGGCGUCAUCACCACCAGAACGCUCUUGGAUAGAGAAACGACCGAAGUUUACACUUUGAUAGUUCAAGCCACCGAUCUGGCUUCGCCCCAAAGCGCCAGGAGGACUUCUUCCGCCAGCGUCGUCGUUCAUAUUUUAGAUGAUAACGAUAAUUAUCCGCAAUUUUCCGAAAGAACCUACACGGUUUCGCUCAACGAAGAUAUCAAUUACAAUGAUAAUCCCGUUAUAGCACAUAUCAAAGCAAUGGAUGCCGAUCAGGGCGCCAACGCAGCAAUACGUUACGCAAUAAUCAGCGGCAAUACGCAAUCGCAAUUCGCUAUCGACAGUUUGACGGGUGACGUGUCGUUGGUGAAACCCCUAGAUUACGAAACGAUCCGAAAUUACAGACUGGUGAUUCGGGCUCAAGAUGGCGGCAGCCCCGCCAGGUCCAAUACAACGCAAUUACUAAUUAACGUUAAGGAUAUCAACGAUAACACGCCGAGGUUCUACACGUCGCUCUUCCAAGAAAGCGUGCUGGAAAACGUACCAGUCGGAUACAGUAUAGUCAAAGUGCAAGCUUACGAUGCGGACGAAGGGCCGAAUGCCGAAAUAAAGUACACAAUAUCGAGCAGAGACGCGACAGGCGGUAGUACUGAUGAUCUACCUUUAGCCGUCGAUUCGCAUUCGGGCUGGAUAUACACCACCAAGGAACUGGAUAGAGAACAUCAACCCAAAUACAUGUUCCAGGUGAUAGCAGCAGACAAAGCGGCGCACCCUCUAUCAGCGAGCGCCAGCGUGGUGAUCACCGUGCAGGACGUGAACGACAACGACCCCGUCUUCGAGCCGAAGAACUACGAAUCCGUGGUGGCCGAAGACGAUCCGCCGGGCACGCCGGUGGCGACGGUCACCGCCGCCGAUCCGGACGAGGACAGCCGCCUGCACUACGAGAUAACGAACGGCAACACCAGAGGCCGCUUCGCCAUCACCUCGCAGAACGGCCGAGGCCUGAUAACGAUAGCGCAACCGUUGGACUACAAGCAGGAGAAGCGGUACAUUCUCACCAUCGGCGCGUCGGACUCCGGCGGCAGGACCGACACCGCCACGGUCUACGUCAACGUCACCGACGCGAAUAACUACGCUCCGGUGUUCGAGAACGCGCCGUAUUCGGCCAGCGUGUUCGAGGACGUGGCCGUUGGUACCACUGUGUUAGUGGUCUCUGCGACCGAUAACGAUGUUGGUUUGAACGCUCAGAUAUCCUACUUCCUCGGCGACGAGCUCAACGACGUGGGAAAAGACUCCGCGUUCACCAUAAACCGACAAACCGGCGCUAUUGUCACCACCAAAACGCUGGAUAGAGAAACAGUUUCGGGUUAUCUACUUACAGUAACGGCCAAAGACGGGGGUUCUCCGCCUCUAUCGGAUACCACAGACGUGGAAAUUACUAUAACAGACGUCAACGAUAACUACCCGGUGUUCAAACAGGUCGCUUACUCUGGAAAUGUACCAGAAGAUGCUCUAGUAGGUACUUCUGUAGUUCAAGUAACCGCAACAGAUUCCGAUGUUGGCCUAAACGGAAAAAUCCACUACUCUCUCAGCGAAAAAGACCAAGAAGACGGCUCGUUCGUCAUCGACCCCACCAGCGGCGUAAUACGAACCAACAAAGGCCUCGACAGGGAAUCGGUAUCGCAAUACGAACUGGAAGCCUACGCCAUAGACAAAGGCUCACCGACUCUCAGCAGCUCCGUACCGGUUACCAUCAAAAUAGACGACGUGAACGAUUCCCCUCCGGCUUUCGAUUCCGACAAAAUCGUGCUUUACAUCCCCGAAAACAGCCCGAUCGGAUCCACCGUCGGCGAAAUCUACGCCAAAGAUCCCGACGAAGGCAUCAACGCCAUCGUCCAGUACUCGAUCAUCGGCGGCGAGGACGCCCAGAGCUUCUCGCUCGUCACCCGCCCGGCGUCCGACAAGGCGGAGCUGCUCACGAUGAUCGAGCUGGACUACGAAAGCGCCAAGAAGAAGUACGAUCUGAUCGUGCGGGCGGCCAGCCCGCCGCUGCGCAGCGACGUCCACGUGGAGAUCGUCGUCACCGACGUCAACGACAACGCGCCCGUGCUCAAGGACUUCCAGGUGGUGUUCAACAAUUUCAGGGACUUCUUCCCCACGGGCUCGGUGGGCCGGAUACCGGCCUACGACGCGGACGUCACCGACAAGCUGCGCUACAGGAUCCUGUCGGGCAACAACGCCAAUUUGGUGGCGCUGAACGAGACCACCGGGCAACUGCAGCUGUCUCCGCAAUUGAACACCAACGUACCGAAGAUCGCUUCGAUGGAAAUAUCCGUGUCGGACGGCGUGAAUGUCAUCAAGAAAGUGAUGACUUUGACCGUGCGGUUGAUCACCGAAGAGAUGCUGCUGAAUUCCAUCACCGUGCGGUUGAAUCAAAUGACCAAAGAGGCGUUCCUGUCGCCGUUGUUGGGUUAUUUCACCGACGGUUUGGCCGCCAUUCUACCCUGCCCGAAGGAAAACAUCUUCGUGUUCAGCAUUCAAGACGACACCGACGUGACCGCUAAGAUUUUAAACGUGAGUUUCUCGGUCAGGCGGCCCGACGUGCCGCGCGAGGAGUACUACUCCCCGCAAUUCCUCCAAGAAAAAGUCUACCUGAAUCGAGGCGUUCUGGCGAGGCUAUCCACCGUGCAAAUCCUACCGUUCGACGAUAAUCUGUGCGUGCGGGAACCUUGCUUGAACUACGAGGAAUGCUUGACUGUGUUGAAAUUCGGCAACGCUUCGGGUUUCAUCUCCAGCGAUACCGUGCUGUUCAGACCGAUCUAUCCGGUGACCACGUUCACCUGCCAAUGUUCCAAAGGCUUCACCGGUUCCAAGGAGCAUUAUUUAUGCGAUACGGAGGUGAAUUUGUGUUACUCGUCGCCUUGCAGAAACAACGGCACGUGCAAAAUCCGCGAAGGCGGUUACACCUGCGUCUGUCCCGCGGGUUACGCCGGCGAAAAUUGCGAAACUAAACUAGACAGCGACAAAUGCAAUUGCCUCAAAGAUAAAACUUGCUCCCCGAAACCCGGCAGAUCGAAUUUCGUUUGCGACGAUUGCAACAUCGUCGCCGAAUUGGAGCACUACACGCCGUUGUGCCAAUUGAAGAGCCGGAGUUUCACCAAAACUUCGUUUCUGACGUUCCCGAGUUUGAAGCAAAGGCACCGGUUGCAUUUGAGCCUCAAAUUCGCCACGCAACAGCCCAACGGGUUGCUCCUAUACAACGGACGAUACAACGAACAACACGAUUUCAUCGCUUUGGAAAUCGUCAAAGGGAAAGUGCAGUUUUCGUUCUCGCUCGGCAGCCAAAUAACGAAAGUUACAGCCUCGAUUUCCAACACAGUAUCCGAUGGUAAAUGGCACACGGUUCGCGUUAUUUACUUCAACAAAACGGCGACUGUAUCUUUGGACGAUUGCGACACUGCCAUCGCGUUGAAGCACGGCUCCGAUUUGGGGGGGAAAUGGAACUGCGCCGGGUACGUGGAGCACCAGCUGGAGCAACGCUGCGCCUCUCUAACGGAGACCUGCCAUCGAUUCCUGGAUCUAACGGGGCCCUUGCAGCUGGGCGGCGUUCCGGCGGAGUCCGCCGUGUUCCAGAUACAGCAAUUCCAUUACGAAGGGUGCAUAUCCGAUUUGGAAAUCGACUAUCAAUUCGUCGAUUUGAACGCGUUCAUGACCGACAACGGCACGACGCCCGGUUGCCCCGAGAGACGGACCUUUUGCUCGUCCAGACCAUGCAAAAACGGCGGUAAAUGUUCGGACGGCUGGGCCAUGUACCAGUGCGAAUGUCCGCAAGGUUUCGGCGGCAAAGAUUGCUCGGAGACCAUCAGCUCGCCCUGGCAUUUCUCCGGCGACGGUACUCUGUCGUUCAAUCCGCUGCUCAGGCCUAUACAAUUGCCUUGGUUGAAUGGUUUAUCGGUGAGGACGUUGCAAGAAGACACGUUUUUGAUGUCCGUGCAAGUCGGCCAAAACAGCUCGGCGGUAACCUCUUUAAAUAAAGGCUUCUUGUAUUAUUCUUACAACGGGGAAUCGUUGCAUUUACCGUCUAAAUAUAUUUCCGACGGCGAGUGGCACCAUUUGGAAAUCAUUUGGAUCGGUACCGAAAUCAAACUGUCCGUGGAUUACGGAGAGAGCGCCGUCACCAUGCCUUUCGCCGAUAAAAUCCAAGGUUUGUACGUCGGGAAAAUCCUCAUAGGCGGCCCCGACAACACCUACACCAGCCUAAACGCCGGCUACAAUUACUUAGAAGGUUGCAUCCAAGACGUGCGAAUAGGCAACCAUCAAACGUUGCUGAACAGACCGACGGUGCGAGACAACGUCGAAGACGGCUGCUACUCGAUCAACGAAUGCAACGCCGAGUGCCCGGCAUCGUCGAAGUGCAUAAUCGAAUGGGGUAGAUCCUAUUGCGAAUGCAACCCGGGACAUAUAGGCCCGCUGUGCGUGCCCGUUUGCUCCGAAGACCCCUGCGACAACGGCGCCCGCUGCGUACAGGACCUCGAACAGGCGAAAAACUACCGGUGCGAGUGCAACUCGACCAACUACUCGGGCGAGUACUGCGAGAACGAGUCGUCGCAACCGUGCCCGGCCAGCUGGUGGGGCUACCCGGUGUGCGGCCCGUGCCAAUGCGACGUCGAGGCCGGCUACAACCCGGACUGCGACAAGGCCACCGGCAAGUGCCACUGCAGGGAGAACCACUACCAGCCGAGCGGCACCACGCGGUGCAUCCCCUGCGACUGCUACCACGUCGGCUCGCACAGCACCCAAUGCGACCACGAGACCGGCCAGUGUCGGUGCAAGGACGGCGUCAUCGGGCUCAAAUGCGACUCGUGUCCCAACGCUUACGCCGAGGUCACUACGAAGGGUUGCGAAGUGGUUUAUGAUGGUUGCCCCAAAUCGUCGUCGAGUGGAAUCUGGUGGCCCAGGACUGUGUUUGGAGCUGAUGCAUUCGAAGUAUGCCCUAAAGGGUCUCACGGUAAAGCAUCGAGAACUUGCGAUAACGAUUUGGGCGGUUGGCAGGAACCCGAUUUGUUCAAUUGCACUUCCGAGAAAUUUUUGGAACUGAGAGAACAGUUAUCGAAUAUCGAAAGGGGCGAUUUGCAUUUGAACACGUUCGUGGCGAUAAAAUUAUCGUACGAUUUGUACAAGGCGACCAAUUUGACCGGGAAUUUGUACGGCGCCGACGUGUUGAUAACGUUCGAGUUGUUGGAAGAGUUGUUUAACUACGAAAGCAAAAUGAACGGAUUGAAUUUGACGCACAGCCAGGACAAGGAUUUCAUCAGAAACGUGGCGCAUUCGCUGAGCGUGGUGUUGUGCUCGAGCUACGAGCGCCAUUGGAAGAGAAUAAAAGCUUUGACCGGAGAGGGAAUCGAGAAUCUUAUCGAAUUCACCGAGAAAUAUAUCAACAUAUUAUCGGCUAGCCAGCACGAUACUUACACCAGUCCUUUCGAGAUCAUCUCUCCUAAUUUCGUUAUCGGUUUGGAUAUCGUCACGCCGGAGUCUUUGUACGGCUUCGAAUCCGAAUCUCUUCCGCCGCUCAAACCGAAUUUCACUUCGGAAAGCGUCAUCUUACCCGACACGUCUCUGUUCCUCGAAGAGAGCAGAAACCUCCACCCCGAACCGUACGUGUCCUUCCCGAAAUACAACAACUACUUACUGGACAGCUCGAAGUUCGAUCGCCACACCAAAAUCAUGCUGUCUCUCAACCUGCUCGGCAUCAAGCCCAUCGAAUUCGGGGAGAUAAUCACCAAGCACAGCUUGCCGGAGGACGGUUCUGUUGUUAGUUACGCGCAGUAUCGGCAAGACAGCGCCUUGCACCCGGACACCUACGACGAAUCGGUUAUAAGAAGAUGGGGCGUAGAUAUCACCGUCGGUUCGCCGUUAGUGUCCGUCAGCGUGCUGGUGCCUGAGUACAUCCACGUGAAGCCGCCCGAAGAGAACAAAGUGCCGUUUCAGGACGUCGAUUUGAAGUUCGAUCCCGGCGAUUAUUGGACCAAAAACGGCUACAAACGCAGCGAAAUCGAUGAAGAUGAUAUAGGAUACUUGAGAGUGAAGAGAGAUAAACUGUCGGAGACUAAAUUGAUUUAUAGAAGUUUGUCUGGUACUACUUUGAAUAGUCCAGUUAGGCUGCAGAUGUGGAUGGAUACCAAUAGUACUAUACUGAAUGCUAGAUCGAAUCCGCAAUGCGUUCGAUGGGUUAACGUUAGAGGCUUCGGCGAAUGGUCGAGGGUGGGCUGUAGAACAGAAGCGACUGAUGAUUGGCACGAAAGAACCGGAGACAAGCCGAUUCUGGUCAAUUGCAGUUGCAAUCAAUUGGGAACCUUCGCUGUUUUGGUCGAUAAAGUCGAUUUAGAAUACAUCCCCGAGCCGUCUCUUUUGGAGGACGUAUCCAGUUACAGUUGCUUCGCCAUAUCGCUACCUCUUCUGCUCGGUACUUACCUCAUUUUGGCGCUGAUUAGAGGCCUGGCUACCAAUUCGAAUACCAUACGAAAGAACCUGGUGUUGUGCGUUUUUCUGGGCGAAUUGCUGUACUUCAUCGCGUUGAAAGCCCGCAGACCGAUGAUCGCAAACGAGUUCGCCUGCAAACUAGCCGCGAUCGGCCUGCACUACCUCUGGCUGGCCGCCUUCUCUUGGAUGCUCGUCGACGCCAUCCACUUAUACAGGAUGCUCACCGAGAUGCGGGACAUCAACCACGGCCCCAUGAGGUUCUACUACUGCAUGGGAUACGUAGCACCCGCUGUAGUUGUGAGCCUAGCGGUGGGAGUACGAGCGCACCAAUACGGCAACUACUACUUUUGUUGGGUGUCGCUGUACGAGAGCGUCGUUUGGAGCUUGGUCGGGCCGAUUUGUCUGCUGGUGCUGAUCAACGUGCUGGUACUCGCGUUUUCCGUUAGAGCGGCGUUCACGCUGCAAGACCACGUGCUGGGCUUCGGGAAUCUUAGGACGCUUCUCUGGGUGUCUGUUAUAGCCUUACCUUUGACCGGGGCCGCUUGGGUGCUGGCCCUUUUGGACGCCUCCGAGCGGCAUCCGCUGCUCACGCCGUUCCUCUCAAUCGCCGUGCUGAUCCACGCCGCUUUCUCUUUAGCUGGGUACUGUUUCGCUAAUAACAGAGUGCGCCAGAAUCUUAUAAGAUCGAUAAUGAGGUGUAUGGGGAAGAAGGUGCCGCUGCUCGAUACGCAGUCGGUGAUCGGAGUACCGAGUACGAGUAGCCAGAAUAUCAACGCUCAAUCGCGUUCUGCUUUAUCUUAUAACUCCGGGGAGGCAGGUAGAAGAAACAUCGGUAUAUCGACAUCGAGUACCACUUCUAGAUCGACUACCAAAACCAGCUCUAGUCCUUACAGAAGCGACAGCCAUCUUCGACACACCUCCACGUCGACGUCUAACUACAAUUCGACCAGCGACGUUCCAUCGUACUUGAGAGGCUUCGAGCACGAGACCGGCCUGCACAGGCACCGCGAGGUGCCCGAAGAGAACGAGGAGCGACGAGAGCGCGACCGGGAGCGUCGGGACAAGGACAGCGACUCGGACUCGGACGGGUCGGAGGGCAGGAGCCUCGAUUUGGCGUCGAGCCAUUCGAGCGACGACGACGAGUCGAGCAUGCGGAGGCACCGGGCGCGCGCCAACAACGGCCGGCAGGGGUACCUGCCCAAUAUCACGGAGCACGUGGUGUCGCGAUGCGGUACUCCGCCGUCGUUGAACGUGGUCACCAAUUCGCAGCUGUUCCCCGCCGUGCAGCCCAGCUACGGCUCCAGGUGGACUAGUCAGCUGCCCGAGUCUUAUCUGCCCAAUCACAACGUGGCGGAGGUGGGACGGUGGUCGGCGGAAACCGGUUCCGACAAUGAGUUCUACCAGAAGAACGGCUCGCCGAAUCCGCUUCCUCAUCCGGACGUCACGCCGGAGACGAGCGUCCCGGCGCUGCAAUCAGAGCAGUACAUGGUCAGGACGCACUACAACAAUUACAAUCCGAACACAUUGGUCUACAAGGGCGACUAUUUGCCCAAGAUUAUGCCGCACGAUAACAUGAACUACCCGGAAUAUCUCUCGGAUAAUGAAGAAAAGCAGCAUACAAACGAUAAAUAUCAUUUCCCCUACACUGCCGAAGAGGACCACAUAACGACCCACAGCAAUUACAUUCACUCGUUGCAUCCGGGCAGCAGGGUCGUAUCGCCGGUGACGAACGACAUCAACAACCCGGGAAUGGAUUACCACGGCUCCACGGCCGGUUCCCACAUCGGUUCCAGGAUCGGCUCCGUCUUGGGCUCCGUGCACGGGUCCAUUUGCGGCAGCAUGAGGGGCUCGCCUUCGCCCCUUAUGGCCCCCGUCAUGAUGCACGGCACCCGACACAACGAAUCGCCUCAUCAAUGGUGUUGGGAAUACGAUAAAUAAAUUCUUUCUCGAACUAACCAAGCGGGCGAGGAUCGAGGAAAAGAACGAGGAAACUUCUGUUUAGUUUUUAAUUGUAUUUUGUACAGUUAAGUUGAUGAUGUUUAGUACACGAAUUGAUUUCGUAUAAUUGCACUGCGUACAAUAGAAGCUUUAAAAAGUGUAUAAGAUGAAUAAUAUAAUACUCAGCUUUAUAAAUUGCUACAUAAAUGUAAACUUAGAUGAUACGACAUUCCAUCAAAACAGACAAAUACUCAAGACUGUGAACAAUCGAAACAAUCUAUUUAUUCCGAAUUUACAAUACACAAAACCAGAAAUACCUAAUAAUGAUAAAAAUUUCGAUAAAUAGCGUAGAUAUAAGGAGACAUAAUAUAGAGUUAUUUUUCGAGAUGCGAAACAUACAUUUAUUUAAUCAUCUAAUAGACAGAACGAUAAAAAUAAACUUAAAGAAAAUGUGCAAGAAAUAAAUUUGCUAAUUUUUCUCAUGUACUAAAUUACGUUAGUGCCAUUAACUGGUAGUCGUCAAACACUGAAUUGCUCAAUAAUUUAUUUUUCCAAGACGCAAUACAGACUGAAGUUUUUACAACGUAGAUUAAUUAGAAUAGAUGAAGGAAAAGAUAGAAGAGAAAAUUGACAAUCUCAGAGAUCAUUCGAUAAUAAUAAUAUUAAUAAUAACAAAAAACUAUUUGCAAACGUUUCAGGUCUUUCCUUUUUCUAAUUCUAUGCUGCAAUAAUACAACAAAAGUAUUAAUUUUUUCGAGAAAAUGUAUUUAUCUUCAAAAAAUGCCUUUUUAAACAUGCGUUAACAUAUAAAUAAACGCACUAUUUUUUUGAGAAACCACCUCAGCCUUUACUGUCUAAUGUUAGAAAAUAAACCGUAGAUUAAGGUCCUUAUGGAAGGUCCCCGAAAAUAAAAAUAAGUACCUACAUAUGUAUUGAAUAAUUGUAAGGAUUAUCUUGCCUUAUGUGCAUAAGAAAAAAUUUUGAGGUACUGCAAAAUAUGACGUUUGUACUCAUAAUUGAUUCAAAAAAAUUGUAAAAUUAGCCUAAUGAAAGGUACAAACGUCUGUUUAUGAUGAGAGAGUGCAUUUUGUAUGUUUUCGUUUUCUAAUAUAAUUUAUCGGUAGACUAUGUAGCUGAACAAGAGGCAAAAGACUUCGGAGAAUUUACGUGCCCUUUAUUUAUUUUCGCCUAAAUAUCGAAAAUGAUAUUUUUUGUAAUAUUUGUAUAAAACGCGUGCCUAAAGAGCUUUUUAAAUAUAAUAUUGACUUUGAUAUUUUGUAUAAAAUUAAUCAAAAUUCGCGUCGAGGAAAGAGAGUAGCCCUUAGCGACAGAUAUUUUGUAAGAUCUCAAUAUUUAAUGUAAUUUUUAGGAUUUUUUUUUAAAUCAUAUUCCGUGACUUUUCGAUCGUACUG